AUGGUAGUAGGUUAUGGUAGUAACAAUAAAUAUACAGCUGGAUGCACAAAAUAGUUGUGAUGAUCUGUGUGGUUUUACUAACGCAUAUCAAAGUUUUAAAAUUGUGCUUAGGCAUCAAGAUUUGUUUCACCCUUAAGCACAAAGAGGUUUGUAUUUGACUAGACUGCCCCUCAAAAGUAUAUUACUACAUUUCUAAUAAUGUCACAAUAGUGUUAUUAUCAGAUUGACGAUGUAUAAUAUGUUAAAUAAGCAGUUCUGGUUCUCUGUUGGUCAGUUUUCCUGCAUGAAACAUAUAUCUAAUAAAGUAUUACAAGACUUUGUAAUGUUGUACUGACAAGUUAUAGUUUUGAUACUUAAGGCUUUGCCGUACACACCUACAUUUUUUGGUCGAUUCCUGCUGAAUGGUCCGGAAUGCAAGCUGCGAGUGGCCCAUUCAAUACUACCUGACUUGACAAACUUUCAUUGAAAAAUUGAGGGAACUGUCUGGAAAAUUGUCCACUGAACAGUAUUUGCAUCCAAUCAGUCACAGUUAGCAAUCAGAUAUUCAGUGAGCCGCAGGGGUUGAUUACAAUAACAAGAAGGGAAGAUUCCUCUAUGAAGCUGUUUAGUGUAGAUGGAAAGAUCUAUUAGAUUUCUCUUGUACCACCCAUGGGCUAAAUUAGAGAAAUCUAUGCAUUUAUGACUAGCUUAAGAUUCAACUUCUAUUCAAUAAAUAUUAUUAUAUGACACUUACAAUGUAACCCAAAGCUUAUAUUUCAGUUUUUGGUGGGCAUCAAUGGGUUAAACCUCCUACAGUUUUCUUAUAUUUCUCAGAGACUCCAGGCUGAGAUUUUCCUGCUUUGCCCCCUUCCCAAAAGUCUAUACAAAGAUUUUACCCCCUUGAAGCUAGAUUUUCCAGUGAUCUCACUUUCUAUACUGUGAAUCCAUCAGAAGAACCUGGCAACAUCAUUUACCUUUGUGGCCACAAGAAUGGGUCAAAGCUGUAGACCCGGUGGGGAUAAUUCUUCCUCCACUUCUGAUUUUGGGCAUGUCUGCGAUAAUCAGAUUAUUGCUAAUGAUUUACAGGGCACUAAAAGCACUUUUGUUGGUUAAUGGAGCUCAUUAUUGCUUUGUGAGAUUUUCUAACGAGUGUGUCUGAUCCUUUUCACUCCUAUGGAGAGGUGCAAAGGAUUAACAGUACUGCAAAUAUGUCAUCAGGCAAGAAUUGGGGCUGGUCCCAUGUCUAUGGCCACCCUAAAACCAGCAUGUCAUCCAACUUGUUGGCAGAAACUUAACGGUUAUAUCAGUUUUGAGUGGAGCUAUCCAACAGUGUGCAACAAAAGAGCUUAUGUUUCUGUGAAAAAUAUUACAGAGCCUAUAAAUAUACACUGAUUGCAAAGGUUCAUUUACUUAAAGAGGUUGCAUCCCUGUACAGUAUGUAUGUACAUUGCACAGCAUCAAGCAGUCAGAGCUUGUUGGUUGCCUAAGCUCUCACAACCCAUCUGCUUCUAGCCAGUGAUGUAAAUGUACCAGCUGUUUAUAAAGAACCACUCUGUGUCGUGCAGGAGGCUGGUCCCUUUACCUUACAUCAGCCUUGUUUCCCAGCAUAAGUCACUGUCUCGCCAUCCAUGCUGCAUUGUCUCUAAACCUUCCACAUCUCUAGCAAUCUAGCAUCCAAAUGAACUAAUCCUCUUACAGGUCAAUGAUUUUUUUUUCCCUGCUUAGUUUUAAAUUACAAUCAGAACCAUGAUGUGCUACAUCUGAUAUUACCAAGCAGCAAACCUUCUGCAAAAAAAUACUGGAAACCUUUUUUUUUUCUUUUUUUUUGGGGGGGUUAAAAGCAAUCAAGAAAUUGGUCAGGAGGAAGCCAUAUCAACGUUGUGCUCAAAAAUGAAGGCUCUUCUCUUAUUGGUUCUACCUUGGCUAAGUCCUGCCAACUAUAUAGACAAUAUGGGCAAUCUACAUUUCCUGUAUUCUGAACUGUGUAAAGGUGCAUCACACUAUGGCCUUAGCAAAGAGCGCAAAAGACGUUCACAGGAUGGUUCCCCAGACUGCAGCUCUUCAUUAGACUUGACAAUAGCAGCAGUGUCGCCUGAACUAUCAGCUGCCUCCGCAGCUGCAGCCUUAGUAAAUGAUGAAGCAGGUCAGGACAACCCUGUAUAUAGCUCACCCACAGGAGACAGCCAUCUGGGAAGUGGAUCUGAAGAACACUUCAGAAUAAACCGGAAUAGAAGUCGUAACUUUGAGCGUUCCACAGUCAGGAGUCUGUCAUUUAAAAAGCUAAACCGAGCACUCAGUGUCCUUCGAAGAACAAAAAGUGGCAGUGCCGUCCUCCACUCCGCAGACAGAGAACGAGCAAGCCUGCAAAAUGCAAAUAUCACAGAAGAUUGUAUAGUGCUGCCAAAUCUGUCACAUCUCAUUCCUGAUGGAGAGAUAACCUGCAUUAAAAUCAAUCACUCUGAUCCCAAUGAAUGUCUUGGAGUUAGGAUUGUGGGUGGAAAUGAAACCCCUCUGACCCAAAUAAUCGUACAACAUAUCUAUCAGGAUGGGGUCAUUGCUCGUGAUGGGAGGCUCCUUCCUGGAGACAUGAUCUUAAAGGUUAAUGGCAUCGACAUCAGCAAUGUACCUCACACUUAUGCACUUUCCAUACUCAGACAGCCCUGCCAGGUGUUGAAGCUUACAGUUCUCAGGGAGCAAAGAUACAAAUGUAGGAGCAAUGGCAUCAAUAUUGAUCCACAAACCUCCCGGGAUGACAGCAUCCAUGUUGUCCUGAGCAAAAGCAGUCAAGACGUGCAGCUCGGAAUGAAGCUUGUCCGCAAACGGGAUGAGCCAGGAAUAUUUAUUUUUAACUUGCUGGAAGGAGGUGUUGCUGCUCGGGAUGGUUAUCUGCAAGAGAACGAUCGAGUUUUAUGUAUCAAUGGUCAUGAUGUGCGUAAUGGGACACCAGAGAUUGCUGCUCAGCUAAUACAGGCCAGCGAGGAGGGGGUUUACUUAGUUGUUUCACGACAGACCCGACAUCAGACCCCUGAUAUCUUGCAGGAGGCUGGUUGGCAUAACAACAGCAACCCGCCGCAAUGUCCCAAUGACAGAAACCAAUUUAACAAGAAUGCUAAUCGGACGGUCCUGUGUGUGGAGAAGGUUGUGAACAUUAUGAAGGACCAUACAGAGUCCCUGGGAAUGACAGUGGCUGGUGGUGUGUCAAACUGGGAAUGGGACCUGCCUAUAUUUGUUACAAGUGUAGAUCCUGAUGGAGUUAUUGGGAAAGACGCAAGAGUAAAAACAGGAGACAUUUUAUUAAACGUCAAUGGCAUAGAUCUAACUGGAGUGAGCCGUAGUGAAGCUGUGUCGUUGUUAAAAAAUCCUUCCUCCUCAUGUGUGGUUCUGAGAGCCUUGGAAACAAAAGAAUACGAGCCAGAGGAAGACUUAAGCAACAACUCCCUGUCGAUGGACUCGGUCCAGAAUAGCUUUGAGAGCAGAGAAUGGUCACCAGUCUGGGUCAUGUGGCUCAAGCUGCCUCGGUAUUUAUACAGCUGCAGAGAAAUUGUGCUGAGGAGGAAUACAGCAGGGAGCCUGGGCUUUAGCAUUGUAGGAGGUUCUGAGGACUGCAACCGGAACAAACCAUUCUUUAUUAAAUCCAUACUAGAGGGCACCCCCGCUUACAACGAUGGAAGAAUCAGGUGCGGGGAUAUGCUGCUGGCUGUAAAUGGCAGAUGCACGUCUGGAAUGACCUAUAGCCAGUUAGUAAGGAUGCUGAAGGAAUUGAAAGGAAGAGUGGUACUUACGAUAGUGUCGUGGCCUGGAUCCUUCUCCUAGCCAAUGAGAAACUAUAGCUUCUUCUACAUUCCACACUACUUCUCACGUGUUCUAACAGCUGGUAUUAGUUUUCUAACACUUGCAUUUGUCUGUCAGUAUUGGGUAUAAAUGGCUACCAAUGUUAUCAUGCAUGCCAGAAAAUGAGCUCUUUAAAAUUCAGACAUCAAGCACUUUUACACCAACCUUAUGUGGAAUAUAACUGCAUAGAUGUUGUCUGUUUUAUUCUGUCUGGCAGAAUUAUCUGUGUUUUGACUCUGUUUAAGCUGAGUGUGUCGUGUACAUGGACAUGAUGUGUACAUCAUCCAGCUUGUACUGUUUGUAAAGUGUAACAAUGUGAACAAUAAUGUGGAAAGGCAGUCACUCUAGCCAUGGAUAUCACUAGUGGAGAUGAACUUUGUCAUUUGUCAUUGUUACUUUGUCAGUUCUUCAUGAAAUCAUCUUAUCUGCAAGGUAAAGCAGUCAAAAACUAUAUUUAUGAUACGCAUUUGCUGUGCAGUCAAAAUCUGGAUAGGGCUGAUUGCUAUUUAUGGGACGAAACUAGGUAGGAUAAAGCUUGCAGUCUCAGUGUAAGGGGGUUGUAGAACCACUUGAUUGCAAGUCUAUGUUGGAAAUAACUAACACAUUGAACAGACAUCUCCACUUAUAUUAUUUUUUCAUACACAUAUUUUGGUUGGUUACCUUCUGUGCUUGUUCUUUUCAGUAGAGUCUCCAUGUUUGUAUUAGUCUGGGUUUUUUACUGUGUCGAAAUCAAUGUUGUGCUCUAAAGAAGGGUUGAAUCCAAUGCACUAUCUUAGGAAUGACAGCUGGCUUCUGAUUGGACAAGCACUCAUCCACCUAAUCUGGUGCUCUUUAUAAAACAAAAAUAGCAUUGAAGCCUCGACUUUAUUUUAGCUGCACCAGCAACACUACUGCAGUUAUCUUCCAGCAGGAAGAAUGGAGGAUCACACAGAGCGAUAAGCUCUGAUUGGAAUAUGUUUCAAUGGAUAAAGUUAAAAGCCAGGAAGGGAAAGCCCUUAAAAGCAUGUAAUGCCCAAGAGUAUGAAAAAAGUACCUUUAAUUACUAUGAAAUGUAAUCACCUCUUAGGCCUUGUACACACGACGGAGUUUCUCGGCAAAAACCAGCAAGAAACUU